ACAUUCAGGAUCUCUAAGAGGGGUUGCGGAUCUACAGUCAGGAACACAGUCCUUCCACCCAGACACAUCUGCUUGGUACAGAGAAACUGCAAAGUUCAAGACCUGAUUAGGCAGAAUAGAAAACUCUCUGGAACUUGGUAUUUGCAGGGGAUCUCCCUCUCUUUCCUGCUCUGUGCCAGUCUUGGUUCAAGCAUGAAGCUGCUGUCUGUCUUGCUGUUCCUGAGCAUGAGCGGGAUGGGGUGGUUAAUGUUCGAGGCCAUCAAGCAGGAGAUGAGCCUGCGGCAGCUGAGGAGCACCCUUGCACUGGGCUCUAAUCAGAUGAAGCAGAAGGAGGACCGCAUCCACCAGAUCAAGAUGAAGAUCACAGGGCUGAAUGAGCAAUUCAAGCCACUCAAAAACAAAAUGGACGAGCUGCAAAAAGAGAAACAAGAAUCCAUCAAAUUCACAGAAGAACUGGACCUGAACAUGCAGAAGUGUAAUGAAGAAAAGGGAUCCCAUGAGAAGAAGAAGACAAAGGUGACUGAGGACCUAAAGAAACUACAAGCGGAUAAUGAAGCAAAGAAGACGACCAUGCUGGCAGAGAUCCAGGGUCUGAAGCAGCACAUCCUGGAUCGGGACCACGCAGUGUGUGCAUUUGUGGAUCAAACCAACGAGGAGGGAAUGAAGUUGUGUAAAUUAUCUGGAGCAAAAUGAAGAAACCUUCCCCUAAAUACGACACAGAAGGAACCCCCUGGACAUGUGUCCACCUAGCAGGGCAGAACAACAGAACAGAACUGUGGCACCCAGGAUAUAAACACUAACAUUUAUAUUCCGUUAACAAUCUCACUGGCAACUAUGGAAAAUAAAAAACAAAAUAAAAAACUAAUGUAGAAUGUGUGGAAACCCCA